CGGCUCCGUCCAUCCCCCACGACACAGGCGUGGCUAGCACGAUGUCGUCUCAACGGUGGCGGCCUUUGUUCGAUGAACGGAUCUGCCAAGCCCACUGCGAACGCAUUUACCUAGACCAGGCCCAUGUAAAGCGACUGAACCCUGCGCGUUUCCAAGGGAGUUGGAAAGCCAUGCUCCAAACACGGCCCCGCGUCAGGACGAAUGGAUUCUACUUCCUCCUCUCCAGCUACAUUAAAAAACCUAUCAAGAUGUGGACAGAAAUCACUCCAGGCACCAUCUUGGAAGUCCGUUACUACCGUUACCUCCGCUUUCUACCGGGCGGUCGACUAGUCUACGCACUCCUCUACCUUCCUCCUCCCGAAGCAGUGAGUCUCUUCAAGGAAUACGAGGCGCACGUAUCCAACCUCCCUCCCUCUACCUUGACUUCCACUUCCUCUUCUUCGGCUUUGCGGGGCUGGGGCCCGCCAAGGAGGGACAGAAUCAGAGAAAAUGGUCGUACCGCAAGCAUCAACACCACGGGGAACCCUCCGAUCAGCGCCAAUAGCAAGAAGAAAGAGUUGAAUGAAGGUCUUUUCUGGAUUCACAAAGGCGCAGUUAUCUGUGAGAUACAAACUCCGUAUUCCCGCAUCCAUUUCCAGUUCAAAAUUUCGGCGAGGGAGGGGGGACUCGAAGGAGGGAGGGAGGGAGGACACGAGGGAGGAAGGGGAAAUUUUACCGCGUUGAUGAUGGAAGAGCAUACGAGUGUCGCACUCAAUGACUCAACGGGAACACCCAUACCGCAUAAGCCCGCGUAUGCUCCUUUGUUGUUUUACAAGGUCCCCGUGUGGUAAGGGAAUGUACAGAAGGUGGGGUGCACGGAGGAAAGGCCUGUAGAUUGAACACUCGUAACCAAUGAGUUAUUGUGCAGGUCUCUAUGUACCAAACAUUGAGAUAUCAUGAU